GGAGGAGGUUGGGGACAGAGAGGAGGAGGAUGGGGACAGGACCAACCCAGAAACAGGAGAGGGUGCCAGCUCAGACAAAGAGAGACCGUUCCUCUGCUCCCAGUGUGGUAAGCGGUUCACUGCACCAAGCAGCCUGAAGACUCACAUGCAGAGACACAGCGGAGAGAAACCCCACCAGUGCUCCUUCUGUGGGAAGCGCUUCCUACGAUCCACAGACCUGAAGAGACACCAGAUGAUCCACAAAGCAGUCACCUCAGACAGACCGCACUGUUGUUCGGAGUGCGGCAAGACGUUCACCUCGCCCACCAGCCUGAGGAUCCACCUGAAGAUCCACAGCGAAGACAAACCCCACCAGUGUUCCGUCUGCGGGAAGCGUUUCCUGUGGCUGUGUGUUCUGAAGAGACACCAGGUGGUGCACAAAGGUGAGAGAAACAUCUCUCUGCUGGAAGACACGUCCUGUGUGGCUCGUUGGUAG